AUGGAGCAAGCGACCGGGGUCAGUCCCUCUGCGGAGAGAAAAGACCGCGUGGGUUUGGAGCCCGGAGACGCACUUGUGACUUUGCCCGGAUUCUCCGACCCCCAGCAACGUGAAGAGACAGAUGCCGGCGCUAGAGCAGGCCCGCUGUCGCCUUUGAAAGGCCGACCCGAGGAGCGGCCCCCAGGGCCUCUGAAGGGCCACAGAGACAGCACGGCGUCCGCGAGCACGCAGGCCUCUCACGAGGGCAGACGGAGUUCUGGGCGCCUCGACGCGGUCCUGCACGCGCGUUCUUCGCUCUCCUCCUUCGCCUCCUUCGACAGUCAACGCUCCCAGUUCACGGCUGACGACCCUGAGGCCUCCCUGCUGGCCCAGAUCGAGGAGGGCCAAGAAGAAGCCGAAGGCGGGCGCCAGGCCAGUUGCCGGGGUCAAUGCCCGACUGAGGCGACCCAGGAAGAUUCUAAGGGCGCCGAACAUCAGCAUUUGGAGUGCAGUCUCGCCGUGUCGAGGGAACAGGAAAGCGCAUCUUCUUCCAGUCUGCCUGUCCAAGAGACGGACUUUGACCGCGAAUCUCAGAAAGAACUUGCGGCUCGGCAGGAACGCGAAGUUGGGUCUGCGGGCAUCGACCCUUCGCAAAUCUGCCCAGAAGCUGAGACGCAGCCCCAGGACCAGAGAAGCGCGGAGGGAGACUGGGAGGAGCCGCCGCCUCCGUCGGUCUCCUGUUCCCUUGCGAGAGACCAGGCAGGGCCUCGCUCGGAGACGCCCUUCUGCGGCCUCGGCUCUCGAGAGGCUCACGCUGCACCUGCUUACUCGUGUUCUUUUCCGGUGCCAUCCGCGCUGUAUCCUCCCGUUGGGAUGAAUGUAGGAGUCCCCGCCGAGGUCGAGCGGGCCUUCUCGGUGAACUGGAUGCAGACCGAGAAAGGGACGGGUCUCCAGGGUGGCGAUGCAGGCCUGUCGUUCUCGCCUGGUGCAGCGGGGCCUGGCGCCUCUCAGCCGCGAGUUCUCGGUCCGACGUUUGCGGCAUUCGCGCCCCCGCCGGGCAUGUCCCGAGAGGACAGCCCCGACGAAAGAGACACCACGGCGAAGCCAGAGACGAGCGCGGAGAGAGUUUCCGACGGCAUACAGGAAGAGGCUCGAAACGAAGCUGCGCUUCUGCCGGACGACGGAGCGCAAUCGCGUGAAGCAGAGAAAAGGGAGGCAGACGGCCUUGCGUUUGACCAUGUCCCAGAGAAGAGAGACCGAGGGACCCUGUCUCCCCGCGCGAGGGCGACGCACACCCUCGAGCCCCGCGUGCAGUCUCAGGCUGCGUCUCCUGUUCAGACGCCCGAUGCACCUGAAGUGCCGGCCUUCGACGGCAGACAGAGUCAGCGAGAGAGUUCAGACGCGAGGCGGUGCAAGGCCCUGUCAUUCUUGCCUCAAGGUCUAGGUUUGGGCGAAAUAGAGAACUCGGUACUCCUUGACGUCCUCGUUGCGCUGGGCAUGGAACGAGAAGAGAGAGGCGCGGAGCGCGAGGGCGGCCCGUGGAAGGAAAAGCUGCGUUUGGGGGAGUGGAAAGACGUGAGUGACCCGGAGAAGAGUUCGCGCCGCAGUCGCGAAGCCGCGCUCGAAGGUGUCUGCUACGAAGGACCCGACACAGACGCGUCUGGACAUGCGUCGUCGCUUCAUGGCGCCAUGUCUUCGUCGACGCACUCGCCGUCGCCGAUCUCCUCUUCGCCACUGGUGUCCUCUCACCCAUGUCCCCCGCCCUCUGUCUCCUUUUCGCCUCGUCAAAUGUUCUUCUCUCCACCCUCGUCUCCAGGCCUGCCGUUUCCGGCGCCUCAGCAGCCGCCGGGCGUCGGAGCCGACCGCGAAAGACGCGACGCAGCUUCCGGUCGCGGCGCAUCUCCGUCUUCUCUCAGGUCGUUUUUCCAGUACUCCUCGCCUUCUUCUCCUUCGUCGAUUGCUCCCUCUUCGCCCCAGUCAGCUCUGCAGUUGUCCCCGUUCGCCUGCUGGCGCCCGAUGGCUCUCCCGUCGCUCCCCGAGACCCGGAGAGAUGGCGGAGCUCCCCCGUCUUCUCCGUUCUUCAUCAGCGAAGAGGAGCUGUCUCUCCUCGAGCACUUGGUAGCCACAGAGCGACAGAAACGCGAGAACAUGCACGCUCAGGCCCCGCCCCGGUUUGAAGCUUCCCUUCUGGAGCGUCUGUUGCUCCUGCGGGACGCGGCGUUUGCCCGCCAGGGCCUCCAGGCCCACGCAGGGGACUGCGGGGUGUCUCCUGUCUCCUCAGACGCGCCCGCGUGUGUCUCUGAACACAUCCAAGUCAGGGCGACAGGGUCCGAGGGCGCCCGCGGGCCGUUCCCGGAUGUCUCGCUUCUCCUCGCGGGGGAGUACGAGAAAAAGCGGCUUCUCCAGUCCGUGAGACCUCACUUUCUUGCACCUGCCUCCCCGGCGUUUCCCCCGACGUCGGCGGUCUCCAGCCCCCAGAGGAACUUCCCAGACCUCGCAGGCCCUCUGUCUGCUUCACCCUUCUACACCUGCCAGACCUCCCGCGGAUCCCCGCCGCAAGGCAACGGCGCCGGCGGGGGCGAGGACAGAGCGAACGGACGCGGAACGGGAGCUGCCAAGGAGAUCGGCCCGGGCCUCCAAGUUCGCCCUGGGCCAGCAGGUGGGUUCUUUGUGGGGUGCCCCGGUCAGCCGCGGACCUCGCCCCUCGACUUUGCGUCUCCUGAGGCGCCUCAGCGUCGCCCCGGAUGUCGCACCACGCGGUCGCCUGUCUCCGCAGUCGCCGCUUCCUCUCCGUCUGGACCUGGCGCCGGGGGCGCGGCGGAAGCGCCUGGCGAGUCCAGAAGAGGUCGGAAAAAGAGAGAGAAUCGGCGAAGAGGUGCAGGGCCUCCGUCGGGAGUCGCGGGACUGGACGCCGCAACGGCGCCGCUUCCGCUUUCGUGCAGUGCGGCUCUGAGGCACUUCCGACUCGGCACAAUCUCUCCCUUCACGUUGCGCGACGUUGGCCCAAACGCCCUGGAGUUCGCGAAAGAUCCCUUUGCGGCGGUCUUUCUUCAAGAGCAGUUGGAGACUUGCCCUCUUGCAGACCGUGUUCCGAUCCUUUUCCAGUUGCUCCCGCAUGCGCUGGACCUCGCGGUCGACCAACAUGGAAACUACGUGCUCCAGAAGUUCUUCGAAACAGGCUGUGACAAGGAAAAGGAGUGGCUGGCUGCACAGCUCACCGACCAUGUCUUCCGGCUGUCUCUGGAGGUUUAUGGUUGUCGAGUGAUUCAGCGCGCUGUCGAGUCUCUCCCCGUGCCUGCUCAACUGCGUCUUGUCAGGGAACUGAAGGACCAUGUGAUUACUUGCGUCGAAGAUCAACACGGGAACCAUGUGAUUCAGAAAUGUGCAGAGCGCCUGCCUUCGCCGUCCGUCCAGUUCAUCAUCGAUGCAUUCAAAGGACAAGAAGCGCGCAUGAGUGUGCACUCCUACGGCUGUCGCGUGAUUCAGCGGCUCCUCGAGGCUUGCCCCAUGUCUCAGGUGGCGGCGUUGAUCGACGUUGUUAUGGCGGAGCUGUGCAUGCUGAUCCGUGACCAGUUUGGCAAUUACGUGGUACAGCAUGUCCUCGAGUUCGGUCGAGACGCCGAUAAAAUGAAAAUCAUCGACUUCAUGUGCGAGGACAUCAUCGCUCUGUCGACGGAGAAAUAUGCGUGCAACGUUGUCGAACGCGCUCUCACGCUGAACGCGAUGGGGCGGGCGCGCCGGCGCAUCAUCACCGCUGCUCUCGGCCCAGAGAUGAUGGGCCAGCCCCUGAAGAUGGUGAUGCUGGACCGCUACGGAAACUACGUCGUGCAGCGCAUGAUGGAGGUCGCGCCCGACGAUUUGCGCCCUCCGCUUCUUCGCCUUCUCCGCGAGCACGUCGACAUCUUAAAGAAAUUCACUUACGGCAAGCACAUUGUGACGGCUCUGGAGCGUCUGGAAAACAGCGGGGCGAAUGCGUCAGGUUCUUCCUCGCCGCCGCCGGGGUAUUCCACAAGCAGCCCAAAGGAUAGGAAGACCCGGGAGGCUUUGUCUCGAACCGUCUCCGCGCCGCUCGCGGUGGGUCCCCCGGGGCAACCGCCCGUCCUCGCUUCCUCCAUUCCGCGGCCUCGAUCUGCUCAUCCCCCUCCGCCCCGCACCGAGCCGCGCGGGGCCUCUGCUCCGGGGCCUGCUGGCUCGGGGGCUCCGGUCUUCACCCUUCUGGCCGACUCCUCCUUCUGCGUGUCUCCGUCGUCGCUUGCUCAGCCGCCACCUGCGCUGCCGCCUCUCGCCGCGUUCACGCCCCGAGUUCCUGCCGGGUCGGCGACCCCACAAGGCGAGGGCGGGAAGGGCCCUCGGGGCGCCCCGCGCGAGGGCCCUCGUGUCUCCUUUUCGGGGGGGCGCGAGCCCGCAGAGCGGGUCGGCUCUGGCCAAGCGAAACCUUCGCGAAGCGAGAAGGCGCGCGCGCGGGGCGAGAAGGCCCGGGCGUCGCGGGAGAAGGCUGAGGAGGCUGGGAAGGCGGGAGCGAGUCGCGCCGAGGAACGGCGACUCAAGGCUGGACUUGCGCGAGCGGGCGACGGCGGAGACAGUGGGAAAGGGAGGAAGAAGGAGCGCGAGGAGGCCUUCGGAGCCUCGCUGGACCAAUCCGAGAAAAGGACCCUGGGAGGCGGCGAGAAGGGUGUGCGCCGACGGGAUGGAGCCGCGGGCGAGAAGAGCCGAAGAAGUCCAGGCUUCUCCGCGAGCGACGAGUCGCCUCACCACGCCCCAGUGGACGAAGGGAAGGGGCGCGACGCGAGAACAACGGACCCGCGCGACGAACAAUCUUCGGAUCUGCAGCAGUGGGUGUCUGUGGGCCGGGCGUUUUCGAAGCAAGCGUCGGCGCUCGCGGCUCUCCAGAGAUACUUCUUAACUUCGCUGUCUCCACCUCCCGUCGUCCGGAGUCCGCCCCGAGCGCCGUCGGCGCAUUCGCAGAUCUCGCACGCUUCGACUGGUUCGUCCGGGCCGUCGUCCCUCCCCACAGUACGCGCCGAGGUUCAGCGAGCGUCCACGUUUGGGUCGUUAGGCGGGAGCACGCUGUGGGAGAGCUCCUCGUCGGAGCCGCCUUCUCCGCUGCCUUCCUUUUCUCUGUUCUCCACCAACUCUUCAGGUGCGCAGCUCCCGCCCGCGGGCCAUUCCGUUUCCGGCGGGAGGCCCGGGCCGCCGCAGCGCCCCUCCCCGGGAGUUUCCUUUUCGCCAGAGAGCCCCAGUGUGCUGUCUGAGGUGAUGGAUCUGGGCGGCGGGUCCCUUGGGUCCGCGCCGUUAGCCUGGCCCCGUCGCGAACGUGCGAAGAGUGACUGUGUCCCCAGUAGCUUCCCCUCUUUCGGCCGAGGAGGGCCUCUGCCGCCUCUCGCGUCUCUCCCGCGAGACCCCCGGGUCCCUGCCGCUGUACAUUUGGGAGAACAAGAGCGAGAACAAGCGCGCGCAGGAGCGUCCGAGGAGAGCAGGAGACCGACGCUUGCGGUGCCACUCUCGGGGGACGCAAACGUCCACGCGUCCGGACAGGUCCAGGACCGCCUUCUGUCUUCGCUGCACGGGAGACAGAGUUCCGCACAGCAGGGGUCGAGCGAGUUGCGCCCGGGGGGAGAGAACAAGGGUGGGCAGGACCUCCCCGGGGGGCGGGCGCCGAGCAGAUUCGACGAAGAGGCGAGAAACGCAGGAAACGUUCUCUCUCUCACCCCCGAGAUGAUGAAUGAAGUGCUAAAGGCCUUCCAACAGUGUCGGCCGACGUAG